AUGAAUAUUUCUAUAGUCCGAAUUAUUCUAAAGUUAAAAGAGUUUACUAAGCUCGACGGGCAAUUCAAAAAUAUUAUUAAAGAUAAGAACGAUAGUAAGGAGGAUAAUAAGGAGGAGGAUAAUAAGGAAGAGGAGGAUAAGGAGGAGGAGGAUAAGGAAGAGGAGGAUAAAGAGGAGGAAGAUAAGGAGGAGGAGAAUAAGGAGGAGGAGGAUAAGGAGGAGGAGGAUAAAGAGGAGGAGGAUAAAGAGGAGGAGGAUAAGGAGGAAGAAAAUAAGGAGGAGGAUAAGGAGGAAGAAGAAAAUAAGGAGGAGGAUAAGGAGGAGGAGGAAAAUAAGGAGGAUACCGCCGCUACCCCUAAAUUGUUCGCUACUACCGCCCCUAAACCAUCCGCCGCCGCCGCCCUUAAGCCAUCCGCCGCCGCCACCCCUAAACCGUCUACUACUAUUACCCUUAAACUAUCCGCCGCUACCCUUAAACCGCCUACCGCCAUACCUAAACUAUCCGCUACUACUACCCUUAAAUUGCCUACCACCGCCCUUAAACCGCUUAUUGCUACCCCUAAACCGCCCGCUACUACCCUCAAACCCCCUAAUACCCUAGGGACUCCGACUAAUACUUCCGAUAUAUAA